ACCUGUGUACUCAAGCUGCACAUUUCGCGCGGCUGUAAUAUAUCGCAUAGAGACAUUUUACGACACGUAGCUAUUUAGUAACUCAAUAGUACCCAGGAAACCACUGUAUACAUAUUGGCGUGGUCCUAGUUCCAUUGUGGCCAAGAAGUGUUAUACAGUCAAUUUGCCUACUGGAUAAACAAGGAUAGGAAUAAGGCCCUAGGGGCGUUCUAAUCUGUAUUUAACACCCAGAUCUACUUUGGGGUCACGUAUACCUUGGUAUAUAACCGGGAAACCACCUGUGUUGCGGUGGUACUUUGUGGAUCGCAAAACUCACAAGUGGACGCAACACCUAAAUUUCUCUAGCCCGCGAAACCCCAAUGGAUAGAGCCGCUGCUAACAUUGGGACUAAGCACGUGGACAGAUUUAUGACAUAGGGAGACGAGUAACUAAUAACAGCGGCACACACGUCAACCUAAAGAUGAAAGCGCUUUUAGCGGUACUGCUUGGAGUGAUAUGGGCGUCUUUACCGCCGUUUACGGUCUCCAUAGGCCCUAUGGACGGUGUUAAAACUGAUGCCAUUACGCGCAUUGUGGUCCCUGCCCAUGCUGAGGGUAUUAUGGGUGUUAAUGUAUCACCACUGAAGCACACUGCCCGAUUUGUCGGUAUUCACGAUGACGACAAGUUCAGCAUUGAGCACUUGCUAUCGGAUGCCGAGCUAGUUCACAGCAAGCUGGCGCCUUUAAUGCGAUCGUUGUACUUUCGCAUUCUUAAGGUUAACCUUGAUACUCCAUGUCCCUUGAGGGAGAGGAACGACAUUUGCUCCAAUGGCAUGGACGACGACGGCCUCUUGGAUAAUGCCAAAAAUGGCGACUUUGAGUGUAUACCAAAGUGCUACGUUGGCCGAUGCCAGCCUCAGGAAGUCAGCCCGGAACCCACUCUCGAUGGUCUUGAGCACUUUGUGCUCAGGUACGUGGAUGAUGACAAGUUAGCUGAGAUGGACCCCAAAGAUUUGUACGUCGACAAUCCUUGGUACAAGGAUUUCCUCGGGAUCUACUCGCAUAACAGGGACAAGGCGGUAUACGUCGACCUGAUGCACAACCCACCUUCGUAUACAGGCUAUCGGGGUGGAGAGGACUGGAAUUCAAUAUACGACUUGCAAUCCGACUGUGGAGACGAGGUGCCUUGCGACCAAACUGAGCAUUUAUUUAGGCUCAUUUCAGGGAUGCAAUCAUCGGUAGCUGCAUGGUCGGCGUGGAACUACAAGUGCGUGAACUCCGUGGCGGCGUACCAGCUGAAAAGCGAGUUGCCAAAGUACGAAAGCAACCCGCAAUUUUAUUUUAAGAUGCUUGGUAACCACCCAGAAAGAAUUGAGAACAUGUACUACACGUUCCAGGCUAUGCUCAAGACUGUAUGCAGGCUAUCUCCAUUUCUGAAAGGUUUUGCCAAGAAUUUAGGGCAGCAUCCCGAAUGGGCACACUUGCAGAGAAGUAUAUUUGAUUUUCUGUCAGUGGACUACGAGUUCUGCCGUGAUGUGGAGCCAGCCUAUGAGCAACGGUCAUCGGAGCACUGCGACGCCACGGAUGGCUGCACUGCUUCUCCGCAGCUGCGCCAUCCGGCGUUGCUCAAAAAAUUCAAUAGUAUCGCAGAUAUCGUAGACUGUGUUGGAUGUGAGAAGUGCAGGUUACAUGGGAAGUUGAAACUGACUGCCCUUCAAAUUGCAGUUCGUGCAUUCGGUCAGACGGAACGCUUAGUGCUGGAGCGCAAUGAAAUCGCAGCCUUGCUCCAUGCACUGGAUUACUUUGCUGAAUCCAUUAUAUUUGUGCAGCGGUUUGAAGAGCUGAAGAAGCGUCAGCUCAUCCUCUACCCGCUGCGCAUCAUGCUGGCAAUAUUCGUUAUCCUCGUAGUUGCGUACAGGCAUGUGAUUGCCCAGGCCCUUUGUUUACGCUGGCCUGAUGACGAUCAGGACAGCACUGAAGAAUGAGACGAUACACGACCGCAUGAUAUAUUUCACAUUAGCUGUUAAUGUAAUAGAACCAGGUU